AUGACUGAUGCUAGCGAUUUUGCAGUUGGAGCAGUCCUUGGGCAGCGCAAGGACAAGAAACUUCAUGUGAUCUAUUACGCAAGCAAAACCAUGGAUGAAGCUCAAUGCAGAUUCACUACGACUGAGAAGGAACUUCUGGCUAUUGUUUUUGCAUUCGAAAAGUUCAGAUCCUACCUGGUGGGAUCAAAGGUGAUUGUGCACACAGACAAUACUGCUCUUAAGUACUUGCUCACAAAGAAGGAUGCAAAACCGAGACAGUAUGUUUGGGAUGAACCGUACUUGUACAAACAUUGCAAGGAAGACAUAUUCAGAAGGUGUGUUCCAGAGGUAGAAAUUCCAGGGAUUCUACAUCAUUGUUAUGGUUCCUCUUAUGCAGGGCACUUCACCACAUUCAAGACGGUUUCCAAAAUCCUUCAAGCAGGUUUCUGGUGGCCAACUAUGUUCAGAGAUGCUCACGCCUACAUAGCUCGAUGCGAUGCAUGCCAGCGACUUGGGAACAUCACCAAAAGGAAUGAAAUGUCUCAGAAUUACAUUUUAGAAGUUGAGGUGUUCGACUGUUGGGGAGUCGACUUCAUGGGACCAUUCCCUCCGUCCUUCAAGAACGAGUACAUCCUGGUCGCCGUUGACUACGUCUCCAAGUGGGUAGAAGCAGUGGCGAGUCCCACUAAUGAAACAAAAGUGGUGACUAAGAUGUUCAGCUCCAUCAUCUUUCCGAGAUUUGGGGUGCCUAGAGUGGUCAUUAGCGAUGGCGGAACACACUUCAUCAACAAGUCAUUUCAGAGCUUGUUGAAGAAGAAUGGGGUGAAACACAAGGUGGCUACCGCUUAUCACCCCCAGACGAGUGGACAUGUUGAAGUUUCCAACAGGGAAGUCAAGAACAUUCUACAAAAAUCUGUCAAUACCUAG